GCGGGAGAACGGAUUCCGUCAACGCCGCGUCCAUGGACCAGUUCUUGCUGCCAAAUGGAAGGCCUGGUGCAGACGAUCAGAUUGCGCGAGCAAACCGAUACAUCUUUGGCAACUCGUCCUUCCGCACGAAUCAGCGCAACGCCAUCCUGACAACGCUGAAUCGAGAGGACGUUUUUGUACUCAUGCCAACAGGUGGUGGCAAGAGUCUGUGCUACCAGCUUCCUGCGGUAUUGUCCGAAGGUGUCACAAUUGUCGUGUCCCCACUGCUGUCGCUCAUCCAAGAUCAAGUGACGUCGUUGGUGCGCAAUAAACCCGUAGGCAUUCCAGCAGCAUAUCUCUCAAGUCAAACAGCGGUCAAACUACUCAAAGCAGUCCUGAGAGAUCUCCAUCGACCUGUACCUACGAUCAAGCUGCUAUAUGUUACUCCCGAGAAGCUCGCAUCGUCGAGCAGCCUCAUUUCACUCCUGGAAGACCUAAACAGACGAGGAAUGCUCGCUCGGUUUGUUGUUGAUGAAGCACACUGUGUCACCCAGUGGGGGCAUGAUUUUCGACCAGACUACAACAAACUUGGAAGAUUAAAGGAGCUGUUUCCACAAGUCCCGGUCAUGGCACUAACGGCCACCGCACCACAAAAAGUAAUUGACAGCGUCAAGAAGAUUCUCAAGAUUCCACGUGCGACUGUGUUCACCAUGAGCUUCAACAGGACCAACUUGAGUAGCUUCGACGUGAUUGACAAGGAAAAUGAAGAACCAAAAGCGCUGGCCCAAUUGCACUCGUAUAUCGCCUCGAAAUAUGCUAACAAUGUGGUCGGUAUCGUCUACUGCAUGACAAAACAGCAGUCCGAAGAUGUCGCCAACUACCUCUUUGACCGCGGCAUUCAAGCUGACUUCUACCACGCUGGACAAUCGUCGACGGAUCGCGAGAUGGUGCAAGAAGCGUGGCAGGACGGUCAAGUCAAAGUCGUGUGUGCGACGAUUGCCUAUGGCAUGGGCAUCGACAAGGCCGACGUGCGCUACGUCAUUCAUUAUUCCGUGGCAAAAUCAAUUGAAGGGUACUACCAAGAAGCAGGUCGCGCUGGGCGUGAUGGCCAGUCGUCACAAUGCACCAUUUUCUACAAUAGACGGGAUGUGUCCAAGAUCCGUGGCAUCAUCAACAUGCCAAAGAAAGGUAACACGAUGAAGACGCGCGGUGUGCACAUGGAAAAACUCGAGCGCAUGAUGGAGUACUGCGAAGAACGUGCGAGCUGCCGUCGACAAUACUUGGUGUCGUACUUUGGGCAAUCGUUCAAUCGGAAGGACUGCAACAAAACUUGCGACAACUGCCGACGAGUGAUUGCGCAUUAACAGACGAAAACACCACGUCUACACAAAGUACUGCUCGAUCCACGAAAGCAGCGUCUCCGUCGGGAUGCGCAGGUGGUCCCCAGCAGUCUCUUUGAGCGUGAUUUUGCCUGCUUCAUUCAGGGUUUUCAAUCCAAACGAGUCAUCCUGGUACCACUUGGUCUCAUUCAUGAGCAAGACCUUGUCGAAAGCGCCGUCCUCGUACGCUCCGAACCACUCUGAUUCCUACACUCGUAUAUUCGGUCAAGACAUUGUCGGACAUCAUCUUACCCUGGGGUACACCAUCGAGUCCUGCGCCGCGCGAACAAGAACUAAUUGCUCGAGGUUCGCGAAGUUGGCUUUGAACGUUGCAUUCUUUGAACCGUGCUCAUUGUUUAUGUCGGGCAAAAAUCGUGCUACCAUGCACACGCCCAUGACAACGAACGCUGGUGCGGCCACGGCGACCUACCGUGCACUUUGUAUUCGGAAAUACGAGUGGGGUCUCGGAAGUAGUUGGCUUGGGCAACAUUAUCUACGCAGGCACCUGUUUGACUUUGCCAUGAUAAGCGCAGGUGGAGGGCGCAGGACAUGGAGCUCGUACGUCACUAAUCUUCUUGCAGAUGAAGUUGAUAGGGCGGCAGUGAGGUAGCCCCGCUACACCGGCGAGGGGGCCAUGAAUCGAAACGAAACUCUUGACAGGAGGGCUGUUGUAGCGUUCGAUAUAGCCACGGACCACAAGAUUUCCCUGGGAAAAUCCGAGGGCAUUGAACCCAUGUCGAAGGUGCUCGUCCUGGAAGAAGCGGAAAGUAAACGCUUGCGUGGCCAUCGGCUACGCACCGCAGCGACAACGCGAGCAAAGUAGUCGACUUGUUUGUCCAGGUUCAUAAAGAACCCGUUGGAUGUGUCUUCGGCCUGUGACGCGCCGAUUUGGACAUUCGUCGCGUAUCCACCAAGGCGUGUCGCUACUGCCUAGCGAGGCGAUUCGGGUUCAGCUCAACACUGGCAUUUGCACAUUGCUACAAACGACGGCGGCCGACACAUCCUCACGCAAAUGCACAUCAAGCCGUACCUUGCGGAGCCGCUGCAUCCCAGGAUUUUGUGCAGCGUCUCCCAUGCCGUGCAUGAUGACGACGGGCAACGUGUUCCUGUCGACAUGUCCCUCGACGCCACCAAGUUCACCGACAUGAUAAUCCCCGUCCACGUCGACGAUGAGUCGGUCAUCCGCAAGAAAAGAUUCAGGCUGCCACACUGCUCGGCCAUGAAGGUUGGCCGCAGCAGACGUCCACCACAAGCACCCUCCGACGAUUCCCACGCGCAUCGUGCGACGACGAUCCGACAAGAUUGGGUCGAGAAUAUCCUUUCACUUUUUGUAAAACGGUAUGUCCUUUCAUAAUUUAUAUUUUGCCAUCA